GCCGUGCGCGUACUGCGCGUACUACGCGUACGAACGUUACGUUACCAACGUUACAUGGUACUGUAUUCGUACAUUGGUGCAACGGGUGCACUACGUGGUGUACGCAGAGCCCGAGCCUCGGUGUGGCCCGGGCAUAGUCACAGAGACGACACUGACGCCCCUGAUCAGUGACUGUGUGUUUCGUUCCUACCAUACCAACGAGCUAGGUUCGUGAUCGUCCCUAAAAGAAAUGCCUCCAAGAUGUUGUGUGCGGAACUGCCCCACAGGUUCUGCAUCCGAAGAUGGCACUGUGCUGACGAGCCUGCAUAGGUUUCCAAAAGAUAAACGGGAUCAGGACGAAUGGCUGGCUGCAAUUCCUACGGGACAGUUACGAGCGCAACGGAAACCGGACGCUGCACGAUUUAUAUGCUCUUUGCACUUCGUGAAGGAGGACUACACUGAGUUUUCAGGUGUCAAAAAGGCACAAUUGCGGAGGGGUGCCUCCCCGUCAUGUUUUCCUCGUGAUGAUAUUGAUAUCACUAAACCACCAGUAGUGAAGCGACGAAGGACAGAGGAUUCUGAAGGCACAACAAGUCAGCCAUCCGUGCCAGAUGCCACGGCCACGUGUACGUCACUACUUGGAGAUUCCCACGAGGACAAGGCUGGCUACACGGCACCUACGUCUGAACCUGAAAAAGUUUCAGAACCUCAUGAACUUCAUAUGGUUAUGGUGGUGCCAGAAAAGGUGUGUAAAAGGUUGCGAACUCGAGACAGAGGAACAUGGGCUUUUGUGUCAACAACUUUUAAAAAAACACAAACCAACAAGUUGGAACCACCUCAUUCGCUUUCCACAGUGCCAAAGGUGCUAGUCAGUCGUGGCACGCAAACUGAACCCUUGAGGACAUCGACUCCAAGCUGCUCUAAGGCAACUCUGGCCAUUGCUUGGCAGAUCAACAUCGCCUGUGCCACAGACCGCGUGUUCAGCCGCGUGCAACCCUCAUCCGAGGCAGAAUUCCCUUCCGAGGAAGAGCUCUUUUUCGUGGAAGUGUUGCCCCCCAAGAAAUGGUCCCUACCUGAGGAAGAACCCAAGGAGGGUUUUGGAGACUGAGCCAGCUACCCAGCUACUCUCAGAAUUAAAACUUUACCAAGCAGCGAGAUCUUCAAAAGCAGAAACAACGUACGCGGCAGAGCCUUUCCCAGAUGAAAAGCCUCCCUCACCGACGGAGUUCGUUUCCGAGACAAUUGGAAUGCUCUCAGAGUCACCCUCUCAAGCGGAUGAUGGGGAUAUCACUUUCUGCCACGACAUCGCAGGAUAAAAGAUUUAAAAGGGUCACGUACAGGGACGACAUUGUGAACCAUAUAUAUAUUGAACUUGCAAGCCAUCUGUUACAUUUUUUAUUUUAAGGAACACUAUCAAUGAAAUUGUAAAUUUUAUGGUUACCAGAAGACCAAAAGCACUGAUUAAACAAACAUUGCGCACCUAAAUGCGAAACGACUCCUCGUGCUUCGCAAGGACUAGCUCCGCACGACUCCUGUGCAGUGAGGCAUCACAGCUAGUGCAGUGAGGCAUCACAGUCUGUACAGGGAGACAUAGCAAACCUUGCUGGACCUCCGAUUUUGGUUCAGCUCUGUUCAUUUUUUUUUUAGCAAAUCUGGGACCCUGCCACAGAGUGCCUUAUUUCACACACAAACACACACCUACACUGUAAUCUAAAGUUUUAUAAAAAACAAUUGGAGGGUGCCAGUUUUGCUUUUGAAGGGGCAGUGCAACGAUAUUCGGACUUUAGAGCCAAUUCACUGCAGGAAUUAAUCUGUGUCGCUUAUAAAACGAAAAACAGAACACCAUUUUUUCUUUUGCGCACACUAGUUUUUAUUUUAUAAAGGGGCGGUGCAACGAUCUUGGAUUUCGGCCAGUUAACUGCAGGAAUUCAUCUGUGUCACCUGUAAAACGGAAAACCAUUUUUUUAUGCGUGUGCUGGUUUAAUAUUUUAAAAAGAUGAAAUAAAUCUAAGGUCAAAAGGUCCCUCAUCUCUCGUGCCGUCUUUCGAGUGACAUCUCUGAUCGACCACCUGGUUUCCCGUUAGGCUCCGUCCUCGAAGACCCUAGCCGUUUCCUCCGCGGUUGUCAUUUUUUUAAGGAUAAGCAUCGCCGGAGGCCACGGCAAGCAAUCGACACAAAAGACGGUUUACCACGGGGCUGACGGCAAGGGUAGCAGUGGAGGGGGACAGGUUUUGUUGCCUUCUGUGUGUCCCCCUGUGACGCGCCACCUGCAGUGCCUGUAACUGCCACGCGCGGCUGCAGAUCGAAUAUAAUUUGUUUUUUCCUUUGCGAUUACGUGGCAGAAUAGCAGUUCUUCUGGGGAAGGUGGCACGUUUUUUCUUGCUGGUGCCUAGAUAAACCAUAUAAAAAAUACAAACUGUAAAUUCUUUGAAUAUUAUAGCUAUUGCACUGCCCCUUUAAACCCUUAACUGUUUCGGACAAGCCUAGCUCGUCAAUGGGGGGCCGUCCCCAGACUGUUCAGGGGGUAGCGUGUCUCGUCUGCUUGCCCCAGUUGAAGCACUCAACUGUUUUGGACGAACCUGGCUCGCACUUCACUUUAAUGCCUUAAGGAUCCCCUAAGGGGGUAUUACAUAAGGGGUGGGAUUACAUAAUAAUCUAACAUGUCUUGCAAGGUAAAAUUGUAUGCACAAACACAGAGGACGGACACAAAGGAGUGGACACGGACAAGCGCUUGUCCUUGUCCACUCCUUCGUGUUUGUCCUGUGUUUGCACAUACAAGUUUUUCAGUACCAUGAACCAAUUAGUCUAGCAACAAGUCUUGCUAAACUAUGUUUUACAAGCCAUGGCUUAGUUUGCGACUGUGCCAACAAAUAUCACAGAAUUUUUUAAAAUUUUGCUGCCAUUCCUUUUGUGGCCAGAAAUCUGAUUUUGAAGGCAACAAGUUUGAUUUUGAGGAAAAAAAUUAGGCAAUUGAGGGUCAGAAAUUUACAACUAAAAACGAUUAGGUGGUCAACUAGCCUGUGUGCUCUCUUAUAUAAUGCAAUAACAACAUUUACACCUUUAACUCCAAACUUUUUUGAUAGCAAUGACCAGACCAAACCCCAAAAGAAGCGGAAGCUCAUCGUGUAGGAGAGGUCACACCUGCAUCUCCAAGUUUUGCAGUGUAUGCCAGUUUCCAUGCAAAAAAUGGCACCCAUCUAAAAGUGACCCUGGUACAAAAUUGAUCACACUAGGCACUGGACAAGCGAACCAGAGCUGGCGAGCAGGCGCGGGGGGAGUGUCUUCUCCGCUGCUCUUCUGUUCAGUGGACAAAAAAAUGCCACCGUCACAUUAAGAAUGCCCUGGCUAAUCAAUGUCCCAAGUGAUGUGUUGGCACAUUCUACCGGGAGGGGUACCUUUUACCAGCUCUAGCUCAUGUAAGCCCUAGAAUCACCAUUUUGCAGCUGAUUCUCUCCAGUCUGAAAGAACAGUAUGCAGACAGCAAAUACAGCUCUUUCUGUUAAUUACUGCAUGCACAACAGCUUGAAAUACCAAGUCAUGUGUGAUUGUUAUAUGCGAUGAAACAUUAAAAGAAUGCUGAGUAUACUACAUACUUCUUGAAAGUGGAGGGCUUCCAGUAACAUCAGCCAAAUUAAAGUUUCAAAAGGUGGAAUGUCAUUUGAGCUUUUUGUACGAAGUGUGAAUAGAGGAUGCAUGGCUUUUGACUAAUGCAGCGUCGCCUAGGAGCACAACACCGAAGUUGGGGACGCACUGGACAAGGGUGUGACCCAUCGAAGCACAAGCCACACCUUCACAGCAUCCACCUAGCGCAGGGGGAGGUGGAGGAACGCAGCAUCUAGCAAAAACCAUGCACCCGCUGUUCGUGCUUCAUUUGGUGCCAACCAUACAUGAGUGACCUGGGUCAAAACAUUUCAGAUGUGUUGCUGCCAUUAAGCAAACUUUGAAUCUUAUUCAGAAACACCUUAAAUAUUGAAAGGUCCUUAGCAAUUCCUGGUCUGUGGUCUAGCUGUACUAUAGUCUUUAGAGCAUACAGUGUGACACACAGCUACCGUGAACAAGCAUUUGCCAGUUUUUCUGGUUUUCUCUUAUGCCCGAGUCACACUAGAGCGACAAACGAAUGAACGAUAGCGACAAGCCUCAAACACAUGCAGCAUGCUCGUGAUGGCACCUUUGGCAGGCAAUUAGUCGUUCGGUGCUUGUGAAGUAAGCACGAGUGAUUGCAGGUGUGCCAAAGAUACCCUCGCGUGCGUGAUGCUAGUGUUUGAGCAUAGCCUCCUUUAUUCUACAAAGCCUGUCAAAUAGCAAAAGACUGGUUUGAGGCUUGUCGCUGUCGUUCGUUUGUUCGUCGCUCUUGUAGGACUCUGGCAUUAGAAUUGAAAUAGGGUCAACAAAACAACCAGUUUGCUGAAAGUUCUAAUUUGAGGCACUAAUCUUGAGUGGUAAAAUUUUUUCUUUGUUCACACCCAGUUUCUAGAUCUUGAAUAGUAUAUGAAAUCGGCAACUGAUACCAAAUAUUUUUCAGGGUGAAAAGUAAAAGCCAAAGCAAGUAAUUUUCUGAUCGGACAUUCCCAUCUCCACGCCAAUAUAGAAUUGAAUUUUUAAAACUCUGAAUUUAGUUAUCAUUGCUACGUAGUAAGUGAUUUGGUAAAAAAAAAAAAAAA